CCUAGUUGCUUUCAUUCAUCUCUCAUGAUUUCUAGCCCCUUACUGCCCUCCCAGAAGCAAACGUGUGGAUGUCUUUGGCAGUCGAAUCAUAUUCCUGUUAAAAAUGCGGCCCAGAUUCAGAGGCCGCCCCCUCCCCCACCCCAAGGCCUCUCCACCUUACUCCCACAACAACCAGCCCCCAGAUUCUGACAGCAACCUUAAAAAACAUUAAAAAAACACCGUCGUUAUCAUGUCUUUAACAAUUAAACUAACCAUAGCUCCUCGCAUAAUUAACCUUAAUUGUCACGAAAGAAACAGAACAAAAUUCCCAGCAAUCCGACCAAAACCAAUCUACCAUUCAAACGCAUUGAACCCUAUUCUAUACAACAACAAAAGACCCGGAAUGUUUCAAGCUUCUGUAUCCGGUACAGUUAUCAAGAGCUCCUUGAUUGAGCCAGAUGGUGGGGUCUUGGUGGAUGUUAUAGUGCCAGAGAGUGAGAGGGGGUCAAAAACCUUGGAAGCAGAAUCACUGCCUACAGCGAGGCUGGCUAAGAUUGAUGUGGAGUGGGUUCAUGUGAUAAGUGAAGGAUGGGCGAGUCCCUUGAAAGGGUUUAUGAGGGAGAAUGAGUAUUUGCAGAGUUUGCAUUUUAAUUCUUUGAGAAUGGAAAAUGGGACUGUUGUGAAUAUGUCGCUCCCUAUUGUUUUGGCAAUUGAUGACGAGACCAAAAAGAGUAUUGGGUCUUCAAAAGAUGUUGGAUUGGUUGGUCCUGAGGGUGAUUUGCUUGCUAUUCUUCGAAGUAUUGAGAUUUACAAGCAUAACAAAGAAGAAAGAAUAGCUAGAACAUGGGGGACAACAGCACCUGGAUUGCCGUACGUUGAGGAAUUCAUUGCUCCAGCAGGAAAUUGGCUCCUAGGUGGAGAUCUAGAAGUGCUAAAGCCCAUUAAAUACAAUGAUGGACUUGAUCAUUACAGGCUUUCUCCCAAACAACUCAGGAAGGAAUUUGAUAGGCGUCAAGCUGAUGCAGUUUUUGCAUUUCAGUUACGAAACCCUGUUCAUAAUGGGCAUGCCUUAUUGAUGAAUGAUACACGCAGGCGGCUUUUGGAAAUGGGUUAUAAGAAUCCGAUUCUACUGCUUCAUCCAUUAGGAGGUUUCACAAAGGCUGAUGACGUUCCUUUGGAUGUUCGGAUGGAACAACACAGUAAGGUUCUAGAAGAUGGAGUUCUUGACCCUGAAACUACAAUAGUUGCUGUAUUCCCGUCACCUAUGCAUUAUGCUGGUCCUACUGAAGUGCAAUGGCAUGCCAAGGCACGGGUAAAUGCAGGUGCUAACUUUUACAUUGUAGGUCGUGAUCCUGCUGGUAUGGGUCACCCGACAGAGAAGAGAGAUUUAUAUGACCCUGAUCAUGGAAAAAAAGUUCUAAGCAUGGCUCCAGGCCUGGAGAAGUUGAAUAUUUUGCCAUUUAGGGUGGCAGCCUAUGACACUGUGGCAAAGAAGAUGGCAUUUUUUGAUCCAUCUCGUUCCAAAGAUUUCCUCUUCAUCUCUGGAACCAAGAUGAGGACCUAUGCUAGAAAUGGUGAGAACCCUCCAGAUGGUUUUAUGUGCCCUGGUGGUUGGGAAGUCCUUGUCAAAUAUUAUGAGCAGUUGCAGGCCGAAGAGGCAAUGCCAGCUGUUGCAUCUGCUUAAACCUAUGAUUUAUCACCAGAAUUAAUGCCGAGCUAGCUCAAGAGAAGCAUGAGUUUUUCCUGACUCGGGGUGGUGGUUUACUUAUUUGAAGAGUUUUCUUUCGAUACCUGGCGGUUAGCAUGGAAUUUUUCACUGUGUUGUUUGUUAUGAAAGUAAAAAUAUUGAGUUGUUCUGUCAUUCAUUUUUAAGACAAUGAUCCACGCGCAAGAAAAACAUUUAUUGCUGCCAAUUAUAAGGUUAACCAAGGUGGUUUUCUUACUU